ACUUUUCCUAACCUAUAUUAAAGUCUCCUUUCUAUUCCCCGAGUAAUCAUAGAUUGUUAAUAGAAAUGAAUGAAGUUCAUUGAUUUAUGACGGAUUAAAAUGCAACACUCCACGAUUACUUGAAUGUUUUUGCGAAAGAAAAGGAGAGUACAAGUGUGAAAUGUAAAUUAGUGAAACAAUGGAAAAAUGGUGAUGUGUCCUGUGAGCUUUUGGAAUGGGUUCUCAAACACUGGAAAUUUUGAGACAAGGCGUCUGGGCGAGCCUGACAGGAGGCUGGUUUUACGAUCCUCAUCUCGACGUUUUUUCUAAUACUUUUCAUCUUUACGUAUGGCUUUUCUUACUUUGUUUGCCAUUCACAAUAUACCUUUACUUUCCACCGACACUUUUUGUAUGGCUCGCCUAUUGUUCGUCAAUUGUCCUCCUUUUCGGGACAAUUAAGUGUGUUAAUCACGCUCUUCAUUGUGUGUACGAUACCACUGAAUGUCACGAAGAACCAGGUCAAAAUGUUUGUCAACAAAAAUCUGAAAGUGAAAAAAAACGCGCCUCUCGCAAUAAACGACGAGAUCCUUCACAGGAUCAAAUGGAUCUUGGAAUUGAACUUCAAGUUCUAAAUGGAAAAACGGAUACUCCGCCUGUGGAAUGUUCAUCUCGUAAUUCGUACAUAGAACCGAAUAAUAUUCAAAAUGUAGACGCUGAUAGUAUAACGUCAGAUUAUGCACGUGAUAAGCCGAGUUCAACGAUAGACUUGAAAGUUGAAAUUCAUCGGAAAAAUAGUUCAGAAAGUUCUGAAGAAACUUCACAGUUAAAUAAACCGAUGAUCAGCAAUAUAAAUAUACACGUGCCAGAAUUGCUUUCGCCGCAGGAAGUUGAAGCUCGUUAUAGAAGUAAAUUGAAUGCAAUGCCAGAAUGGCGAGUGAUAAGACAAAAAUGUGUUGCUAUUGCGGAGGAGGAUCGUUCAGUGACACGUAAAUUAAGUCGACAUGCUUCAGAAGAUUCACGAAGUAGACGAUGUAGGCAUUCGAAGCAGAAAAUUUUAGGAAAAACAGGUUCCGAAAGUCAAAUUAAACAAACAGGAUCAAUAGAGUUGGAGCAGCAUGUCGAUGAGUUUCAUUAUUGGAAAUCAAAUCAAAGUGUUCGUAGACUUAAUUCGAAUUCAAUUCCCCUCGAAACUCAUUUAAUAAACGAUCAUCCACAAAGUCUUGAGAUAAUCUCGAAAAAGGAUGAUAAUGAUAAGAACAAAAUACCAUCACAUCCUCAAUCUCUAGAAGUUAUUCCUAAACGAACGCAUCAACAAUUAGUACAUCCACAAAGUCUCGAAACAAUUGGAGCAUCGAAUAAAAAUUCAAAUAAUUCCGAUGACAAUAAUUUACCCCUUCAUCCGCAGAGUUUGGAAACAAUAAAUUCAAAAAAGGUAUUGACACAAAACACAUUAAAACGAAAUCAAUUGCAAUUGCUGCCAUUUUUGAGUGGAUCGGAAAUCGUUCAUUCCAUCGCAGAACAGAGUGAUGAACAAUUUACAAAUGAGAAUUCCGGCGCUUUUACUCUCCGUGAUUCUUAUAGUCCAUUAUUAACGCGCAAAGAAAUAGAAUACACUAAUAAUUCAAAUCGUGAUAGAAGUCUAAGCACUGGUGGAUCGGAAGAUAGAUUUUUAAGUAGGUUUAUUGGCGACACGGCAGUUGAUAAUAAUUCAGCGAAUUCACGUGAUGCAUUACUCGAAGAUCCGGAAGUGUGUCCUAAACGAAGAUUCAGUAAUGCGAGUCAGAGUAGUUCUGAAUUAUCCGAUGGUGAAAGUCGACGUGAAAAGAGACGACAAAAAAGAUGUGAAAAAUUAAAAAGUUUAGACGAUCCACUUACUGGGAGUAUCGUUGGAAUUAAUUGGCUCUUUGAAAAUGGUGAAUUUGGAGUUGAUACGUGGGCGAAUAAAAAUCUUCACACAAAAGAACCGGAUUCCGGAUCAUCGAGUACAACAACAUUGAGUAUCGAGAACGAAGUACAAUUAAAACGAAAACUUCUUCUCACCUCCGAGGUGGACAGUAAACGUCAACAAGGAGCAAUUCCAAAGCAAAGUUGUUCGAAAAUAACCAGCGAAUUGGUGAACGAGAGCACAAGUUCCGAGGCGAGUCGACGUUUAAAUAUUGAAGCGAGUCGUCGUAAGCCAAAACGUAAAAUUGAUCUCAAUCGUGAGCGUAAGAAGAGGAAACUAGAGAAAAUCAGUGGUUCCAACAAUGAAUUGAGUACAUUAUUACCGAGUCCAGCGCCACCACUAUUGGCAGCACUUUUAAAUUCAGGUGGCGAUCUACCAAAUCCAAAUAUACUUCCCGAACCGCGUCUCGUUCGUUCAUCACAAUCGCGAAAUAUGCGAAAUCAACGACGACGCUUGAAACGAUCAAAUCGAACACAUCGUGGAACAAGACUCAAUCGUGAUGAUUCACUUGUUCCAUUGACAGCACUCUUUGGCCUAUUAUCAAAUGGCGAGUGUCAUCUCGCGACUAGUCACAAUGAUACAUCCGAGGGUGCUGUUCAUUGUUUUCGUGACGAUAGUGGACGUUGGUUAGCUUAUACAUUCGACGAGAAGGGCUCGGGAUUUCCCUCAGUCACACGCUACUCGUCAUCGAAUCAUAAUGAAAAAUUGCUGAAUACCCUCUUACGACAGCAGAUCAAUCAAAAUCUUCAUUCAAAUACAAAUUGGGAAUUACCCGAUUCAUUGAGUAAUAGUUACAGUAGUUUAUCGUUAAAUUCAGCCGGACUCACAGUGAUUAUUGACACACCACCUGCUUUAUCAAGUCCAACAAAUAAUAAUCACAAGGCUCAAAAUUCCCUCCCACCGAAUUUGAUAAUUGCCUCGAAUCCAAGAACUGCGGAUCAAUGUGCUCUUAAUUCAGCAUUGACGACAGUAAUGGCCGAUAGGAAUCGUCGAUUACAGAGUCUUUUUGGUAAUUUUAAUCCAAAUUCAUAUCAGACGGAGGGCAAUCAACAAAUGCCGGUGUUGGCGCUACCGAUUCAAUUGGAAGCUGACAAUAGUGCAAAUCUCUCGUGGAAUCGUCUAUUGGACGGUUUGCAGAGUUCAAAUGAUCCAAAAUCAAAGCAAUCGAAGCAUUAUUACAAGUGGAAAUUGGGAAAGUUUCCGAGUAUUAAAGUGAGAUUUGAUCGUCUCGCAUUGUUGGCGCUACUCGACAGGAAUUUGACAAUUUUAGAAACGAUUGUCGCGACACUUUUAGCGAUAGCAGUCGCUGGUUUGGGUCUAAUGCUCCUGCAACUUGGAUUCUAUCGGGAUAUUUUUGCCUUUAUUUUCUGCUUCGUUACGGCUGGUUGUCAAUAUUCGUUGCUCAAGUCCGUUCAACCUGAUGCAGCAUCACCGACUCAUGGUUUCAAUCGUGUUAUUGUUUUCUCAAGACCUGUUUACUAUAUAAUCUUCGCUGGUCUCAUACUCAUUUUCAAUGAGGUUUUGAAUAAUUUUCAUAAUUCGGAUUUUUUGAUCUACGGCAUAAGAGUUGCGAACUAUGACGUUAUUCUACAGGCUCGUAAUGUAUUGCUUAUUUUUCUUCUUUGCUUUCCAAUUGUCUUCUCACUUGGUCUCUUUCCGCAGAUUAAUACAUUUCUCAUGUAUCUUUGCGAGCACAUUGAUAUACAUAUUUUUGGCGGUAAUGCCACAACGAGUCUUGUCUCGUCAGCCUAUUGUCUUCUUCGUAGUUUCAUCACGGUAAUGAUACUCUAUGGUUUCGCCUACGGAGCUCUGAGGGAGGAAAAAUCGUCUCAACAUAUAUUGUUCUCAAUUUUCAUGGCACUGCUGAUGGCGGUUUCAUAUCAUCUCAGUCGAUCGUCAUCGGAUCCAAGUGUGAUUUGGGAAAUUUUGAAGACUAAUCUCUGGCCACCUGAUGUUUACGUUGAGGAAAAGGAAAAAGAGAAGGAAAGGGAAAAGGAAAAAGAAAAGGAAAAUAAGGAAAUAAAUCUAAAAGAAGUGAAGAGAGAGGCAAAGAUGGAAAUUCCAAAGGAGAGUAAAGUUAAAGUAUCGGCUAGAAAGAAGGACGUGAAGAUAAAUAUCGGUGAAGAGAUAUCAGACUCGGAACUUAUUGAUCCACUGCCAAUGAAAUUGAGAUCAACAAUAAAAGCAAGACUGAAAAAUGAUUUGAUUGUGUGCGCUGUCAUUGGAAUAUUGACAUUCGCUAUUCAUUCGUCGACAGUGUUUACUGCACUUCAACCGGAACUUAAUCCAAUUCUUUGGGGAAUAACGAGCUUUUUGGGUUUUUUUCUACACUACAUUGUGCCACAAUUGAGAAAACAAUUACCAUGGCAGUGUUUGGCGAGACCAGUUUUAAGGAGUCAUGAGCACGCACAAUUUGAGGUACGCGAACCAGUUCGAAUAAUGUGGUUUGAAAAAGUUUACGUCUAUCUUUGUUUUGUCGAGAGAAAUAUUCUCUAUCCAGUUGUCUUCCUUGGAGCAUUAACUGAAUGUUCAAAUAAAAUUGCCCUCAAAUAUGGAGUGACAAUUGGAGCGCUAUUAAUUGUCAUCUGUGGUCUCAAGUCACUGAGGUCUUCCUAUUCGGAUCCAUCGACGAGAUAUUUGGUUUUGAUAUUUGCGGUAUUAUUUUUUAAAGUUGAUUUCAAGGGUUUCAGUGAGACAUUUUUGAUUGAUUAUUUUGUCACUGGUAUUGCAUUUGCAAAAAUUUAUGAAUUAUUGUUGAAAAUACGAUUUAUUGUGACUUAUAUUGCGCCAUGGCAAAUUACAUGGGGCAGUGCAUUUCAUGCGUUCGCGCAACCAUUUUCAGUUCCACAUUCGGCAAUGUUAUUCCUUCAGGCGGGUAUUUCGGCAAUUUUCAGUACACCACUUAAUCCAUUAUUGGGAAGUGCAAUUUUCAUUAGUUCAUAUGUGAGGCCGGUGAAAUUUUGGGAGAGAGACUAUAAAACAAGACGUGUCGAUCAUUCAAAUACAAGAAUGUCAUCUCAUCUUGAACGUAAUUUGGGAGCUGAUGAUAAUAAUUUAAAUUCGAUAUUUUACGAGCAAUUAACAAGAUCGUUGCAACAUAGUUUAUACGGUGAUCUUGCUCUUGGACGAUGGGGAACUGUCGAGCAGGGAGAUUGUUUUCUUCUAGCUUCCGAUUAUUUGAAUUGUCUUGUUCAUAUGGUACAACUUGGGAAUGGAUUAGUGACUUUUCAACUGAGAGGAUUGGAAUUUCGCGGGACUUACUGUCAACAACGAGAGGUUGAGGCAAUCUCCGAAGGAAUAGAGGACAAUGACAAUUGUUGUUGCUGUGAAAUUGGACAUUUUUCUAAUGUAUUGAGUGUAAACGCUGCAUUUAGUCAAAGAUGGCUCGCUUGGGAAGUGGCGAGUGCAAAAUAUGUUUUGGAAGGCUAUUCAAUAUCGGACAAUUCAGCUGCUUCAAUGCUACAAGUUUUUGAUUUUCGCAAAGUCCUCGUUACAUAUUAUGUCAAGAGUAUUAUAUUUUAUACCAUAAAAUCGACAAAAUUGAAACAAUGGUUGGAUAAUGCGGAAAUAAUUGAUGCACUUAAAUCAACACUCGAGAAGAAUUUCGUUGAUCUUGAUCCUGUUUUUAAUAUGAAUAUCGAUGAGGAUUUUGAUUUUCGUGCCAGUGGAAUUACGAGAAAUAGUUUCUGUAAUGUUUAUCUCGAUUGGAUUCAAUUUUGUGCUGUAAAAAGCGACAAGUUAUUGGAAAGAUCGCGAGAUUCAAGUCUUGUUUCUCUUUGUUUGGCGUUGAGUUUACUUGGAAGACGCGUUUUAGGAGCAGCUUCACAUAAUACGGUUUCUAGUGUGGAAUUUUUUUUGUACGGACUUCACGCUUUAUUUAAAGGAGAUUUUCGAAUAACUUCGGUACGUGAUGAAUGGGUUCUUCACGAUGUUGAUUUACUUCGAAGCGUGGUUGCCAAAGGCGUUCGAAUGGCGUUAAAAUUACAUCAGGAUCAUUUUAUGAGUCCCGAGCAAUAUGAAGAGGCCUCAGCUCUUCACGAAGCAAUUGACAAUCAUAAUCAAAAUCUUGUUAUCAGCCAUGAGGCAGAUCCACUCUGGAGAAAUGCGAUACUCAGCGGUGCGCCCAGUCUCUUGGCUCUCAGGCAUGUCUUGGACGAUGGCAUCGAUGAAUACAAAGUGAUAAUGUUGAACAAACGUUUUUUAAGUUUUCGUGUGAUAAAAAUGAAUCGUGAGUGUGUUCGUGGUCUUUGGGCUGGCCAACAACAGGAACUCGUUUAUCUGCGUAAUAGAAAUCCAGAGCGUGGUUCGAUACAAAAUGCAAAACAAGCUUUAAGAAAUAUUAUCAAUAGUUCCUGUGAUCAACCAAUUGGAUAUCCGAUUUAUGUGUCGCCAUUGACAACAAGUUAUGCGGAAACUAAUGAACAAUUGUGCUCAGUUGUCGGCGGACCACUAAGUCUCGGCGCAAUUAAAAAUACUGUUCUCAAACUGUGGCGAAGAAUAAGAAGAAGAUGUGGACAAGGAUGUUCGUCGGGUGGUACAGCGUCACAAGAUGACGGUGGAUUCGGAAACGACGGAGUUUACGCAAUGACGACGUACAAUAUUCAUUCGGGUUACAGUCAAUCGGGAAAUUUAGCAUCCUUGGGUGGCAAUCGUGGUUCACUCGUCUCCGUUGGCAAGCCCACAAGUUCCACUCUGGCUAGUCUCGCAGGAUUACUUAGUAGCAGUGACAUGAAGGUCGAGUCAAAGAGUGAAACUAGUUUUACGUCCAAACUGGAGAAAGAAGAAGUCCUACAGCGAGUUCGCAUAAUGGAUCCAAAUCACGUGUACGAUGCAAUAAAUCUUGGCCGGCGAAUCGAUGUGAUUUGGCCGGAUGAAAAAAUGCGACAACUGGGAGGACGAUCGGGAUGGCAGCAUUGGGUGCCAAUUCGUGGGAUGGAAGGUUGUGUUGUUCAUCGAUGGUCGCCAAAUCAUCGUGAUCCAAAUCGACGUUCACACGUUGAUAAAGUUAUACUUCUCGUGAAAAUUGAAGAAAAAUAUGUUCCAAUCGCGGAACAAGGGGUAAGAGACUUAGGAGCAGAAGUUUAAGAAUAAAAAAAAACAAAAAAUCUGUCUCUUUUUGAAAACAAAGGCAUUUCAAACUCAACAUUCUCAUUGAACCAAAAAUUUUGGCAUUGCGUAAAAGAAAAUGAAUUUUAAAUAUUCCUAAAAACAAACUGCAAUACUUAAGAAAUUCUACAAACAAAAGCUGCCUUUUAUCAAUAAUAAGUUUUCAGUUUUUUUUAAAUUUAAUUUAUUACGGCCCAUUCUCUUAAAUACACGAGAUUUUUUUCCUAUAAUUAAAAAAGAAAUAUUAACAAAACCCGAAAUACAGUUAAAACAAAGUUGAAAGGAUUUUUUAAAAAUAUAAUUCUCUUUUUUAUAAAUUUUCUCUGAGCUGUGAAUUGAAUUAUAGCAGUUAUUAAAAAAUACUGUUUUAAUAUGCAAAUGUAGAGAAACGAUUUUAAGUUAAUUGAAAUUGAACUCUCUAUUUUCUAAAAUAUCGUGAUGUUUCCUAAAUUAUUUUCUAUAGUUAAUCUACUUUGUUUUCUUUUUUUGUUUUUUUAUUUUAAAUAUAAAAAUUAGAAAAAAACUUAUGUUUUUUUUGACGAAAUUGAAUAUAUUUUCGACUAUGUAGUUUAUUAGUGAAUUCGAAAAGAAAAUGUUAUAUUUUCAUUUUCAGAUUAUUGUAGAUAUUGAAAAAAAAAUUGUUCCUUAAUUUUACUAAAUCGCAAGUCAUAAAUUUUCGGGACGUUAAUUUUCAUUAAUUAUAUUUUGUGUGAAAAAAACUGUAUCAUAACGUGUAUCAUAAUAAUACUUAAUUUUGUUUUUACAAUGAAAAUUGACGUCCUGAAAGAUAUCAUUGAGUUAUAUUAGAAAAAGAAAAUCAAGCAUUGUACAUAAUAUUAAUUAUUGAUGUUUUCUAUGUUUUUGUUACAUUUUUAAAAAAGAAAAAGUUUUCGGUAGUAUACGUGUAAGUUGUAAAUACUCGUGAUACUCGUGAAAAAUGUUUACUGAUAAUGUAAAGUUUAAAAAAAAUAGAGAAGACGAAAAGAAAAACGCCUCUUCAAUAUAAAUAUAUACAUAUCGGUGCUUUUACAAUUCCAAGAGAAAAAAAAAGAAUAAACAAAGUGUCUGCAUAUUUUUAGUGUUCAAUUUAUAAUUUGACAAUUUUUUUCUUUAAUGCAACAACCAAAGCAUCCGAAAGUUUUAAAAGAAAAAUAUAUAUUUCAAGGUAACAAGGAAAAAAAGUUUAUUUCCACGGCAUUUCUAGUCGUUACGCCUUAAUUGAAAAAAAAAGUUUCCAAGUUACUUUUUUUUGUAAAUUUUACGAAAUGUAAAAAAAAACUAUCGUAAAUUUAUAAUUUUACUAUAUGUGUAGAAAAAUUAAAUGAACUUUUUUUGAAGUUCCUUUUUUGUGAAAAAUCAAAUUAAAUCAUGUUACUUUUUAUUAAUUUAUAUAGCUGUACGAAUUAUAAUAAAUUCGUGGUUCCUUGCAAAAAAAAUAUAGGUAAAUUAUAUACUAACUUUGUAAUUCAUUCAAAAAAUUUAUUUUCUUCCCACGGAUAUUAAUUAUUCAAUAAUAUGAAAAUUAUAUUUUGCAAGCAACCAAUAAAUCACAGCAUUGCCUUAUCAUGGUGUUUUUAAACACCUGACUGACAAAAAAUAAUUAAUAUUUCUUAGCUACUCGUUUAAUUGCUAGCGCGCAUAGAAAAAUUUUAUUAUUCAAUUCAAUCACAUCGAUUAUUGUUUUAAAACUAUUUUUAAAAGUCUCUUUUUAUGGCAUUUAAAAACACUUUUUUAAAAGAAAGAAAAAAAAGAGGAAAAAGAGAAUGAAACAAAGAAAGAAAGGAAAAAGAAAUAGAAAAAUGUUCGCAAAAAAAAUUAAAAGAGAAUUAUUAUUCAGUUUAGUGAAAUAAUUGAACUAAAGAGGAAAUUUUAAAGAAAGUUUUAAAUUCUAAUGAUGUGAUUGACUUUAUAACUCUUUGUAAAUAUCCAAACGCUGCCAAACGAUAAUGACAAGUCUGCUUCACUGGACAAAAAAAAAAAAAAAGGAAAGAAAGAACUGAGCAAAACACAAAAAUAUGUGUUGGUCUCAAUGCCUAAUCCGCUUUUUAUAUAAUUAUUUUUCAGUGAACAGAAUUAGCUUAUUUAAUUAUAAAAAUUGUACAGUAAGCUUUAAUAGUAAACAUAAAUUUAUUGUUAAAGAAAAAAAGAUUAUACCAUUUCAAAUUCGACGAAAUAUAGGCUGUAAUAUUCUUAAUUACUUUAGUGUAUAAUAUAAGAAAAUUAAUUAUGCGCUAAUUCAGAAAUUAUUGUAUUUUAUAGAAGAAUAUAUGAACGAUGAAAUUUU